CAGACCCCUGGAUAUUGGGCCUGUCCCUAUAAAAUCAGGACAUCGGGCCUCGGUGAAAUCUCAAUUCAGUAUGAGUUCGGCAUUUCUCUAGUUAGCUAUGUUGAUGCAAGGGCAGGAGGCUGCAGCUGGAUACGUUUCAGGCUGUAGAUUUUUAACACAGUGGGGAGUUGACCACGGAAACAGCUCACCCAUCUCUGUCACUGGGACUCAUUUCAUCCAGAUAGGCUUUCUGUGCUAGCUCAACCAUCAGAUAUGGCUGCACACUGGGAGCAGUUCUCUGGCCCGUGGUAUGUGGAAGUGGGACUGACUGAGUGUUUAGGAAUCUGCUACUCCCGUUUGAUUGCAAGCUGGCUGGGGCAGGGCCCCUCUCUGUGGUCUGUGUACAGCUCCUAGCACCGUGGGGCUCUUGCAGGACAGAUGAGGGACACUGAGGCGCGGAGAGGAAGUGAAUUGUGCCGUGCAGUCUGGAACUGAAUCCGGAUCUCUCGAGUCCCCGCCUGGCUCCUCGGUGCCCCGCGACCAUCCUUGUUUUCAGUUCCCGCCAGGACGGUGCAUCGGCCGUGUUCGGGCAGCCCAGCCGGGGCGGAGUGGAGACUCUCUGCCAGGCGCUUGGGUGUCUGGGAGGGGACAGCCAGCCUGCGCGAAGGCUGAACGCCCUGCCCUGCCAGGAGCGAGGUGACUCACGGCCUUUGUCCGCUCGGCCCUCGGCACGCCCGGCCGCUGUUUGCCUCUCGGCCCGCCCCAGGUGCAGUUCCAGCUGGCUUCCUGCCUCGGGCCUGCAUCCAAUGCCACACGGCAAGGCCGACGUCCACCGUCUCACUGGUGGGAGCGUCUUCUCUGACAUUGGGCUCCUGCUUGACACUUUUGGAUAUUUUAACAACCGGCUCUUCAAGCUAACAGAGAUGGGCAGGACCUGAUCUUGAGGUCCCUUCCUGCGCCAAAUUUCUGUGAUUGUGCCAAGACCGCUGAGCUUUCUGGGAGGCAGCCCAGUGGAGGAGCGUUUUGGAAGGGGGAAUCGCGUGGUAGCUCCAUGCCCGUUUUACGGGGCACGUGGGAGGCGGUAGGAAGAUGAGGAGGUACCCCGCGUUGACGUACGUUUGUCACUUGUGCUGGCUGUUGGGGCGAGGACCCUCCAAGGAUUUAUCAUCCCGCCCCUCCAGUUUACAGGUGGGGAAACUGAGGCAAAGGAGCGCAAGAGUUGAAGACGAAUAGAGGAAAAUCUGCAGCUGUUCUAUAAAUCGGUGGACGACCCAGUGAUCUCCGGCGGCGAGCGCUGAGGGUCAGGGGAGAGCCGCCAUGGCCGGCGCCUCCGUCAAAGUAGCCGUAAGAGUUCGGCCUUUCAGCUCCCGGGAGAUCAGCCGGGAUGCGAAAUGCGUCAUCCAGAUGCAAGGGAAAAGUACAUGUAUCACCAAUCCCAAGCUGACAAAAGAUGCUCCCAAAAACUUCACCUUCGAUUAUUCCUACUGGUCCCACACCUCGGAGGAGGACCCCACCUUCGCCUCCCAGCGGCAGGUGUACAAGGACAUCGGGGAGGAGAUGCUGCUUCACGCCUUCGAGGGCUACAACGUCUGUAUCUUCGCCUACGGCCAGACCGGGGCCGGCAAGUCCUACACGAUGAUGGGGCGGCAGGAGCCGGGACAGCAGGGGAUCAUCCCCCAGCUCUGUGAGGAUCUGUUCGCCCGGGUCACCGAGAGCCGCUCUCCUGACCUGUCCUACUCCGUGGAGCGCUCCCCCAGAUCAGCCCCCAGCUCCUCCCUGACCUUCCCUGAGACCGUGGCCGCCACCAACAUGAACGAAACCAGCAGCCGUUCGCACGCCGUGUUCACCAUCGUUUUCACGCAGAGGAGACACGACGAGCUGACCGACCUCGACACCGAGAAGGUCAGCAAAAUCAGCCUGGUGGAUCUGGCCGGCAGCGAGCGAGCCGAAUCAUCCGGCGCCAAGGGCAUGAGGUUAAAGGAAGGUGCGAACAUCAACAAAUCCCUCACCACCCUGGGGAAGGUGAUCUCCGCCCUGGCCGAGAUGGUGAGUGCCGGGGGACAGGGGGAUCACAGCCCCCCCUGCUCCCCCCUCGAUUGACUUAGGGGCGGUAACUCCCGCACGGCCAUGAUCGCCGCCGUCAGCCCGGCCGACAUCAGCUACGAGGAGACGCUCAGCACGCUCCGCUACGCGGACCGGACCAAGCAGAUCCGGUGCAACGCGGUGAUCAACGAGGACCCGAAUGCGCGGCUCAUCCGGGAGCUGAAGGAGGAGGUGGCCCGGCUGAGGGAGCUGCUGUUCGCCCAGGGCCUCUCCGACGCCCUCCUCCUUGGCGGCUUGAAGGGGGAGGCUCCUGACAGCUGCUCCCCAGCGCCCCCACGGUCUUUCGACCCCACGGCCGAGCCCCGGUCCCCCGGCCCCCUCAAUGGGGGGUCCGAGCCCUUCCCCACCCUGGAGGAGCAGGUCAUCUGCACAGAAGAGGCAAUGGAAAGGCUGCAGGAGACGGAGAAAAUCAUCGCGGAGCUGAACGAGACGUGGGAGGAGAAGCUGCGGAAAACCGAGGCUCUUCGAAUGGAGAGGGAGGCGCUCCUGGCUGAGAUGGGCGUGGCCGUGCGGGAAGACGGUGGCACGGUGGGGGUCUUCUCCCCGAAAAAGACCCCGCACCUGGUGAACCUGAACGAAGACCCGCUCAUGUCGGAGUGUCUGCUCUACCACAUCAAGGACGGCGUGACCAGGGUGGGCCAGGUGGACGUUGACAUCAAGCUGACAGGACAGUUCAUCAAAGAGCAGCACUGCGUUUUCCAGAGCCGCACCGGCCCCACCGGGGAAGCCAUCGUCACGCUGGAGCCGUGCGAGGGGGCUGAGACCUACGUUAACGGCAAGCAGGUGACGGAGCCGCUGGUGCUGAGGUCAGGUAACCGCAUCGUGAUGGGCAAGAACCACGUUUUCCGCUUCAACCACCCGGAGCAGACGCGGCUGGAGCGGGAGCGCAGCGCCCCCGCCGAGCCCCCGCCCGAGCCCGUCGACUGGAACUUUGCCCAGCGCGAGCUGCUGGAGGAGCAGGGCAUCGACAUCAAGCUGGAGAUGGAGAAGAGGCUCCAGGACCUGGAGAACCAGUACCGGCGGGAGAAGGAGGAGGCCGAUCUGCUCCUGGAGCAGCAGAGGCUGGACGCAGGUCAGCCGGCCACUGGCCGGCACUCCCCCCUGCGGCUCUGCGCCCCUCUCGGCUCCACACCACCCUCCCAGUCCUUUUGCUGCACCGUGCCACUUGCACGGAGUGCUGAACGGUUAUUCCCUGUCCAAAUCGUGCUAUACCGGCGGUGA